AUGUGGGAGCGGAUGUGUGCCACGGCGAAGGGGGGGAAAUUCAUGAUGGGCUCCAAGAAGAGGAAGAUCACGACGACAUACGCCCAAGACACAAGACAACCCCGCGAAUGCGAGCCCUAUGCACAUGAAAAGAGAGAAGAUACAGCCAGGAAGAAGAAACGGUUCUCGUUUCCUGCGGUAGCCGUGCAAACGUUGCCUGUCGUAGCACGCUCUGCUCCUGUUGGGAAUUCGCAUGUGCCUGAUGCUCGUCAGAAUGAUGGUUCGCGCAUUUUCAAGACACGGAGACAGUGCUCGUGGCCUAGCGUUAAUCAGUGGGUUCACAAUAUGUCGCACAACGCUAUAAAUGCUAGGCUCACCUGCUCAAGUGCUCGUGUCAUAAUUCGAGUCAAUCUCGAACAUGAUAGAAUUCUUCCAUUCUUCGGAGUGGGAAAUGACUUCUCACAAUGGUCUGUCCAUGGGUUGAUGAUAACGGAUCUCUCGCAGACUCUCUUGAGCGCCAACAUCAUUAAGGCAGUGCAACUCGUCCUGACUUUGUUCGAGGUGGAGAAUGCUGCUAGAGCAUCUAUUCGAGUAGUACGUGUGAAUCAUAGUGUCCAUGCACAACGCAAAAUGAGCAUGGAUCGCGAAAGCGCUGCGGUCAUUGAUAUGCAGCUAUUGAAGUUUGCCGUGGUCUACAAAACCGACUUCAGGUCCUGUGCCAAUUUCGUAGUCUCCAAGUAA